GAGAGAGAGAGAGAGGGUUUAAUAGCUGGCCCCAUAAAACACACAGAGGUUUGUGGUGGGUGGGUCGGCGUUCACACACUCCCAAUCGGGCUGUCAAACCGACGUUGACGUUGACAGCCCGGUUCCUUGGAGAUAUUCAAAAACACAUUCCCAGGUAGGUACCAAUAAGAAUAAUCUUUUUCCAAAACCGAAUAUCCCUUUUUUCUAUCUUAUUAUUCUCUUUUUAUUAUUAUUAUUGUUCUUUGCUUCGCGUUUUCUUUACGUGUUGUGAUCUCUGCAUUGCACGUUUUUCUCAUUAUUCCAGUUCGAUACUAAUAUAACCUCUACCUACCCUUUUUUCUAUCUGCCGAUUUUCCAUUGAUGGGUUUUCCUUAAAGCAUUGCUUUUUUUUGUAUAAACUUUGGUUUUGGCAGGUGAUUCCCGUUUCUGGGUUUUGGAGAGGAUUGUUUUUUGCAUUGAAUUUCUACAAUGAGUUCGUUUUCUGGAGCCAUUCAGCGACCUCUUGUGGCUGCUGCUGCGGUUGCCGUUGCUUCUUUCUCUCCUGACCUCAAGGAUAAAUUGCCAUUCUAUGGAUCAUCGGGUGAUUGUUCCACCUCAAAUUUUGCACAUUCUCCUAACUCCAUACAAGAAUCAGAUUCAUCAUGGGUUUCUCAUAUCUCCGUCUCAAAGCUUGCUAACCUCUCUUUUGUGACCCAAAUUAGGGUACCUGUACCUGAUGUUCAAUUUCGGGUGCCAAGUUUGGGUCACAAUUGUGCUUCUAAUUUGUACCAAUCUUCGGUUGCUUCAUCCCCGCUUCUUCAGAAUUUGUAUCACUCUGCUAACUUGCCUAGAGUGCCUAGGCCUUGUGUAUAUUCUAAUGGUGUCUCCAAUUCAACUUCUGAGGUCAUGUAUAAAUGGCAUUUGCCCGAGCCAAAUGCUUUAGGUGAUUCAAAUUGCUCAUCCACAAAGUCAAGGACGGUGGUGGUCUUGCUGGGAUGGUUGGGAGCAAGGCAGAAACAUCUGAAGAAGUAUGCAGAAUGGUACACUUCCAAAGGAUAUCAUGUCAUUACCUUUACCUUUCCAAUGGGUGAGAUCCUGAGUUAUCAGCCUGGAGGAAAAGCAGAACAAAAUGUUCACUUGCUUGUAAACCACUUGGCUGACUGGUUAGAAGGGGAAAAUGAAAAGAAUCUAGUCUUUCAUACUUUCAGCAACACUGGAUGGUUAACAUAUGGAGUUGUUCUGGAGCAUUUUCAUAAGCAGGAUCCAUCCAUAAUAGAAAGGAUUAAGGGCUGCAUCAUAGAUUCUGCACCUGUUGCUUACCCUGACCCACAGGUCUGGGCCUCAGGUUUCUCUGCAGCGUUUCUCAAGAAGAAUAGUGUAGCUACAAAAGGACGUGUGUUCUCUGAUGAAUCUGGCAUUAAAGUAUCGAUCGGCGGUGAUGAAGCUUUAGGAUACAAACCUGCAGCAACAGAAGAAGCUUUGCUAUUAAUACUAAAGAAAUUUUUUGAGGUCAUUCUGUAUCUUCCUGCAGUGAAUAGGAGGCUAUCUGAUGUUUUGAGCAUGUUAUCAUCAAAGCAACCAAGCUGUCCGCAGUUAUACAUGUAUAGCUCUGCAGACAGAGUUAUACCCGCGGAUUCAGUGGAAUCGUUUGUGGAGUCACAGCGUAGGGCUGGACAUCAUGUGAGAGCAUGCAAUUUUGUCUCCUCACCUCAUGUUGACCACUUUAGAAAUGACCCGAAAUUGUAUACUUCUCAGCUCAGUCAAUUUUUAGAGGAGUGUGUUGUUAACCAUUGUAAAUCUCCUCACUAAUUCUUUAUUUUGCUGGGCUUACUCAUACAGCAUAAUAUAGUUGAUUAAUUUUGAUUUUCGAAAGCAGCCAUUCCAUUAAUGGAUGGUGGUUAGGACUAUAUCACAAGUUAACCCCGCAAGGGAAAUAUAUAAUUGUUGACUGACAGCUUAUAAUUGAUUCGUUGAUGUAUUGAUAGUGCAAAUG